AUGAAUACUUGUAUUGAAUUAUCAUUUGAAGGCAGUUCGGACGAUGAGGAUGAAAGUACUGAUGAGCAAGAUGGUUAUUUUCCUACAGCCGGAGAGACAUUUGACUCCGGACAAGUAUACUUACCUAAUGUGCCAAUAAACAUUAAAAUCACCCAAGUUUACUGGACUAGUAAAUUCAAUUAUCUUAAAGACCGUGUACGGAGCCCGAGUUUCUCUCAACACAUUGUGGACCAAUCAACAAUUGAUAGCGAGGAACCAUCUAGUGGCCCGGGUCGUGUUCCCAGCCGAUAUGAGAUCACUGUCACUCAUGGACCAUAUGAAUGGCAGCUCAUGAAAACGUACAAUGAUAUAUAUGCAUUGCAUAGAGAAAUCGAGUUUGAUCAAAUGAAACUCAAGGUUAAAAGAGCAACAGAAACUGUAAAGGCGGGUUUCCAUCAUCCUACCGAUCAGGAAGCAAUAAAGGAACGUCGCCUCUCUGUUUUUCCAAAACGAUGGACUCUAAACGUUCCUGAGGAGGCUAUGAAAGAACGCCAAAAACUGCUUGAGGAAUAUCUUCAAUCAAUCGUUAAUUGCAAACCUCUCCGAUAUUUGGAGGGAGUUAUGAACUUCUUUGAGAUAUCUCCAAUAACAUUUCGUCUACGAUUGGGUACUUCGAAGUUUAAGGAGGGAUCUAUAAAGAAAAUUCCGAAACCUGGCAAAUUCCCAAUUCGACUCACUGCCUUCUGUGUGUACGAAUGCUCUUGGCAAACUCGAUUUUUGCGUGUUUGUUAA